CUCGUCAUUCCUUUUUGCUUGUACUCGGCCGAGCAUAUGCUCUGGAGUGGAGGGUUAGGUUUUUUUGUGGAGAGCCGAUCAGAAUCGAUGAUGAAUUUCGAUAGUGUCUAGUCGGAAUUCUUUCCCGCCAGCUGCCGAACACGAAAGAAGUUCUUCAAAUUCAUGGAUAUCGCAAAAACCAAUCAGAACACAUUUCUCGUGUAAAAAUGUUGUGAACCUGAAUUACUUGAUAACUAAUUGGAAAUAUUCGAGGAAGAGAUGCUGUUUACGAGUUGCCAUCUUAGAGAAGAACAGUUACAGCCUCAAUUAUGUGUCUAUGGGGACAAGGAGAGGCUGCUUAAAGUUACAAAAUACUAGAAGAUUGGGGCAACCCUAUCCCCUAGCAUCUUCUAAUGAUGGUGUAACUGUCAAUGGCAGUCCCCAGGCAAGUGUUAGUAGUGAUGUGGAAGAAAUUAGGGUCAUACUUGAUAGAUCUUUAGAUGGUGAGGAUUACAACAAUGGGCUUGUCCAGUCCCUGCAUGAUGCUGCUAGGAUAUGUGAGCUGGCAAUUAAAGAACGUUCCUCACAGUCAAAGAUAUCUUGGAUCACAACUGCCUGGCUUGGUGUGGACAGAAAUUCGUGGGUGAGGACUCUGUCUUACCAGGCUUCAGUGUAUUGCUUGUUGCAAGCUGCAAGUGAGAUUUCAUCUCGUGGCGAUAACAGAGACAGGGAUGUGAAUGUUUUUGUGCAAAGAAGUUUAUUGAGGCAGUUUGCUCCUUUAGAGAGUACGAUCAGGGAUAAGCUAUCAACCAAGCAAGCCGAAAUCUAUGAUUGGUUUUGGUCAGAGCAGGUUCCAGCUGUGGUGAAAUCAUUUGUCAAUCACUUUGAAGGGGACUCACUCUUCACAGCUGCUACCACAGCGAGUAGGAAACGAUCACAAUCACGUUCAGGAAAUACGAGUGAUAUAUGUCUCCUUAUGUUGGCUCUAACCUGCAUAGCAGCAAUCACGAAGCUUGGGCCAGCAAAAGUUUCCUGCUCGCAGUUCUUUUCUAUGAUUCCAGAAAUAACUGGUCCAUUGAUGGACAUGCUGGUUGAUUUCUUGCCCAUCCAGCGAGCAUACGAUUCGAUAAAGAAAGUUGGUUUGCACAGAGAGUUUCUUUCCCAUUUUGGUCCUCGGGCCGCGUCAUGUAGAGUUCGAACUGAUCGGGAUGCUGAGGAAGUAGUUUUCUGGGUGAAUCUUGUACAGAAGCAACUGCAACAAGCUAUAGAUAGGGAGAGAAUUUGGUCGAGACUAACUACAUCAGAAAGCAUUGAGGUAUUGGAAAGGGACUUGGCUAUUUUUGGAUUCUUCAUUGCUUUAGGCAGAAGGAGCCAGGUCUUUUUAUGUGCAAAUGGUUUCGAUGAUAUAGGGGACUCUCUUGAGAGCUUUAUUCGGUACCUUAUAGGAGGAAGUGUGUUAUUCUAUCCUCAGCUUUCAGCGAUAAGUUCUUAUCAACUCUAUGUGGAGGUGGUAUGUGAAGAGUUGGAUUGGCUUCCUUUCUAUCCUGGCCUGGCAGGAAAUCAGAAACUCUCACAUGGUCAUCAAAGCAAACAAGAAAAUCCACCAAACCCUGAAGCUAUCGGUCUGGUGUUGGAUGUAUGUUUUCAUUGGAUGCAGAGCUUCAUUAAAUAUAGUAAAUGGCUGGAAAACCCCUCAAAUGUCAAGGCAGCGGGAUUUGUAUCUAGAGGGCACAACAACUUAGUGGAGUGCAUGGACAAACUUGGAAUGCUAAAGAAAGAGGCAAGAAAUAGCAAUCUGAGAAAUUCCUGUAUGACCGAGCCUUCAAAAUAUUUGGGAACUCCCAAAGAGUCAGAUUCUUUUGACAAGGCAUUGGAGAGUGUCGAAGAAGCUCUACUAAGACUAGAACAGUUGCUUCCGGAGUUACACAUGUCUAGUUCUACUCCUGGAAAGGAGCAAUUAAAAGCUGCUUGUUCUGACCUUGAAAAAAUAAGGAAACUAAAAAAGGAGGCCGAGUUUCUGGAGGCAUCAUUCAGAGCAAAAGCAGCUUCACUGCAGCAGGCAGAUAAUAACAAUCAAUCCCAGUCUUCAAAUCUUGGUCAGAGACAGUAUUCAAAAGGAAAAUCCAGGGAAAAUGGUGGUUCAAUUCCCGAAAGAAGUAAAAGUGGCAGCAGUGCACUUGGAUUUUGGAGCCUCUUGACCAGACCACCAGCUAGGAAGUUGGGCCCCAAGUUACUUCGUGCUAACACAUCUGACAAGGAAGAUGAAAAGGUCCAAGAAAUCGCUCCAAAUAUGGGCAUGGACGAAAAUGAAACAAGUGAAAUUCGGCGUUUUGAACUUCUGAGGAAUGAGCUGAUAGAACUUGAAAAGCGAGUUCAGAAAACUGCUGAUAAAUCGGACAUUGACGAGGAUGUUCAGCUCUCUGAUGCGGGUUUUGAAGGCGAUGGUGAUGAUGCUGAGAGUGCUCUGAUUGAGGUCCAGAAGAAAGAGAAUAUAAUUGAAAAAUCAUUUGACAAGCUGAAAGAAACUAGUAGGGAUGUUCUGCAAGGAACCCAGCUUUUGGCUAUCGAUGUUGCUGCUGCUAUGGGAUUGCUUCGGAGAGUGAUGAUUGGUGAUGAAUUGACAGAGAAAGAGAAGAAAGUUCUUAAGAGAACUCUCACCGACUUGGCAUCUGUGGUUCCCAUUGGUGUACUGAUGCUACUUCCGGUGACUGCCGUUGGUCAUGCAGCUAUGCUGGCUGCCAUCCAGAGAUAUGUACCAUCACUGAUACCCUCCACAUAUGGACCAGAGAGGUUGGAUCUCUUGAGACAGCUUGAAAAAGUGAAGGACAUGGAGACCACUGAUGUGAAUACCCCAGAAAAUGUGGAAGAAAUGGCUUGAAUUGAAUCUUGUCUUCUUGUACAGUUGUUGAAAUCAUGAUAGCUUCUGCGAAAAUGAUCAACUCGGGCAAUUCUUCAAUUCUUUGGUAAACUACCUUU